AUGGAUCAAUCAUUAGAAGACACUGACUAAUUUAUUCAUUCAUAUUUACCACAAUAACUAUCCCAAAUAUUGUUUCACAAGCUAUUAUAUAAGAUUAACUUCUAACUGAAAAUGUUAGGUUAUUAUAACAAUUACAUGAAUAACAAUCUAUUUUGA